AUGAAAUGGAGUAGACAGCAACCAACUGUGGGACUUAGCCUAGUAAAAAUCAAUAUUACACCAUUCUUAGAGUGUGAAAGAAGGAGGAAAGAGAGUAGCUACUGAUAAGGUCUGAAAACCCAAUCCUUUUCAGGCAUACCUGAAAAAACAGAAGUGGG